AACCACUAGGUCAGUACAUAUCGGCAACAGACAGACAAACACUGAUUUUGAUCUACCGGUAACUCUUGUUGAACUAAGGCCCUGAUCACAGCAUGACAACUUACACUGAUAAAGGGGAGAAGCCUGAAAGUGGAAAAUUUGUCAAGUUUCAUCAUAUCUCCUUCUGGGUCGGAAAUGCCAAACAGGCAGCGUCCUUCUACUGUAACAAAAUGGGCUUCGAGCCUUUGGCCUACAAGGGCUUGGAGACUGGCAGUCGAGAGGUGGUGUCACAUGUCAUCAGGCAAGAUAAGAUUAUAUUUGUGUUGGAAUCUCCACUGAAUCCUGGGAAUAAAGAGAUGGGCGAUCACUUGAUGAAGCACGGAGAUGGAGCCAAAGACAUUGCAUUCCAAGUGGAAGACUGCGACUAUUUAAUCAAGGUAGCCAAGGAGAGAGGAGCUGUGAUUGUGAAGGAGCCCUGGGUGGAGCAGGACAGCAGUGGGAAGGUCAAAUAUGCUGUGGUUCAGACGUAUGGAGAUACAACACACACAUUCAUUGAGUACCUGGGGCCCUACAAAGGUCUUUUUUUGCCCGGCUACAAACAACCACUGUUCAAAGAUCCUGUCUUAGCCAAACUCCCGCCAGUAGGUUUGAGAUUCAUUGAUCACGUUGUGGGAAACCAGCCAGAUGACCAAAUGGUGCCAAUUUCAGACUGGUAUCAGAGGUGUUUGAUGUUCCAUCGGUUCUGGUCCAUAGAUGACAAGCAGAUCCACACAAAGUACAGUGCACUCAGGUCCAUUGUGGUCACCAAUUAUGAAGAAACCAUUAAGAUGCCAAUCAAUGAACCUGCUGUGGGAAACAAAAAGUCACAAAUACAGGAAUAUGUUGACUACAACGGAGGCCCAGGCGUUCAGCACAUUGCCCUCAACACAUUAAACAUCAUUCAAGCUAUUGUCAACCUGCGCGCCCGAGGGAUGGAGUUCCUCUGCGCCCCUGAUGCCUACUAUGACAACCUGCGAGAGAGGCUGAAAAGCGCCACGAUAAAAGUGAAGGAGGACCUCAACCGUUUACAGGAAUUAAAAAUCCUGGUUGACUUUGACGACAAGGGGUAUCUCCUCCAAAUCUUCACCAAACCUGUGCAAGACCGGCCCACACUCUUCUUGGAGGUCAUCCAGAGGAACAACCACUUUGGUUUUGGGGCAGGAAACUUCAAGUCUCUCUUUGAGGCCAUCGAGAAGGACCAGGACGCCAGAGGCAACCUCACAGUGCUGACAGCAGAAGGUCAGGCUGAGGCUUUCUACUGAUCCUCUGGAUCAACAUCUACAAAACAAAAAUUCUUGAAGCAUUUGGAAGCGUGUAUAUUAGAAAGCAGCAUUGAGGUCUGUCACAACUUUGCAGAGUGGAUGGGACAAUGAAUAAAUGAAUGUCACAUACACAAUCGUUGAUGUGUUUGGGGUUUAAGGAUGAUUGUUUGCCUUCUGGCCGCUGACUUUAGUGCCUGAUGCAAUACUGCAGGGUCCGAAUGUGUACACCACGGCCCAAGAAACAUACACACACACACACACACAAUAUCAGUACUCAUAUGUUAUGCAACAAAAGUACUUUAUUAUUAUUGUUUUGUAUAUUCAUGAGAACCAGCGUUACAUGCAGUGGACAUUUCAUUUUGGUUUAUUUUGCCAGAGUCAAAACAUUCGGAAAAAAAUAGCGGGAGUGCUCUACUGUUCUUUAAAAAACUGCAGUAGUCAAAGACCAUCUUCAUGGGUGUCAAACUU